AACAUUUCAUCUCAUCCUAGGCAUUUCUAUACAAAUCUUACAUCUUUUUUCAUAUUUCUAUUUAGUUAACAAAAUGAGUUCAAUUAUUGGUAGCAAUGAAUCACAAAUCCAUCCAACUACUGAAGAAGAAGCCUCAUGUAUGGCAAUGUGCUUGGCUACAUGGUCAGUUCCCUCAAUGGUUUUCAAAACCGUGUUAGAGUUGAACGUCCUUGACAUCAUUUACUUCACCGGGCCCGAGGCCCAGCUCUCCGCGGAGGAGAUCGUGGCCAAAUUACCCGCCACGAACCCCCACGCCGCGGUGGUGUUGGACCGUAUGCUCCGCCUCUUGGCUAGCUUUACUAUCCUCACUUGUACUCAACAAGUUGGAGAUGAUGGUCAGCCUAAGAGGUUAUAUGGGCUUGGUCCGGUUUGCCAGUUUUUGGCUAAGAAUGAUGAUGAGGUUUCUUACGCUGCCUUUGCUAAUCUUAUGCAUGAUAAGGUUAUUAUGGACACUUGGAAACAUUUGAAAGAAGCAGUGCUAGUAGGUGGAAGUGCAUUUAGAAAUUCAAAUGGUACGAGCUUUUUUGACUAUCUUGGAACAGAUUCAAGAUUCUAUAAGGUUUUCUAUGAGGGGAUGGAUCAUCACUCUACCAUUGUUAUGAAGAAACUUCUAGAUACUUACCAAGGAUUUAAGGGUAUUUCGACAAUUAUUGAUGUUGGUGGUGCGACUGGUCUCACACUUAAGAUGAUUCUGGAUAAAUAUCCUUCAAUUAAGGCCAUCAAUUUUGAUCUGCCCCAUAUUAUUAAGGAUGCACCCUCUUAUCCAGGUGUGGAGCACGUUGGAGGGGACAUGUACGACAGUGUUCCUAAGGGUGAUGCUAUAUUUAUGAAGUGGACGUUUCAAUCAGGAACCGAUGAAAAAUGUGUAAAACUAUUGAAGAAUUGCCACGAAGCGUUACCGGAAGACGGAAAAGUAAUAAUCUGCGAGUACGUCGUACCGGAAUUGCCAAAAACAAGUUACCAAGCUCACACGGCCUUCAUUUGGGAUUCGAUUAUGUUGACAUUUACGGGAGGAAAAUCAAGAACCAAAAAAGAGUUUGAGGCCUUAGGCAAAGAGGCUGGAUUUGAAGAUUUUCAAUUGGUUUGCUUUGCUUGUGAUACUUGGGUCAUGGAAUACCUUAAGAAGAAAAAGAGUGACAAUUAAUCAUGUUCAUCCAUUGUUGUGAUCAUAAAAAUACUUCAUCUGUUUCGUUUUAUUUGCUCCAUUUGACCAAUUUUAGUGAGAGCUUUUUGGUCAGAGGGUGACAAUUAUAGGUUAAAAUGAGACGGAGGGAGUAUCAAAUAAGCUGAGGGUAGCUUACUAAUCUAGCUACUUUUAGCUAGAGGAAGAUAUAUAGCUAGUCUCAUAUAUAAAUGUGUGUAUGCCCUUAAUGUACUAUUAUGUGUGCUAGGGAGAUCCCUGGAGUCUCUCCCGCCGGAUUUUACUUAUGGAUAAUAGUUAUUCGCGCUCGUUAUAAAUGAAAUUAGUUUUCACCCUGUGCAACGCACAA